AUGUCUUCCAUGAUAACUGCUGCCCAGUGGGUACCGCGAGGCUUCGCGGCCCAAUUCCCCCAGGUUUACAAGCUUGACGAGUCCGAAUUCGACAGAAUAGCUGCAUUGGCCAAGCUGCAGCUUGACGAUGCCGAGGAAGAUUUGAAGGAAGCGCAAGAGGAAGGCGAAGAUGCAGAGGAGGGAGAUGAGAACAAUGACGAGGACAUGGGUGGAGAGGAAGAUAAAGAGAACAAGGCCAAAUCUACAGUCAAGAUCGACGAUGAUGAUCUGAAAGAGUACGACCUAGAACACUACGACGACGACGAAGACGACGACAAUGCGCCCGCUGCCAACGGAAGCAUGGGCAUGUUUGGAAAUGUCAAGUCACUGGCAUACUAUGAGUCGAACAAGGAAGAUCCUUACAUCACACUACAAGACGACGACGAGGACGAGGAGAGGCAAGAUCUCCAGGUCUUGGCAACUGACAACCUGAUCCUGUCUGCCAAGGUUGAAGACGAAUUGGCGCAUCUGGAGGUCUACGUCUACGAAGAUGAGAGCGACAACCUCUACGUCCACCACGACAUUAUGCUGCCAGCAAUCCCUCUCUGCGUAGAGUGGCUAGACAUUCCCGUCAGCAACUCAGGAAACGCAGCCAAGGAUGCAAAGGGCAACUUUGUCGCCGUCGGCACCAUGGACCCGGACAUUGAGAUUUGGGACCUUGACACUGUCGAUUGCAUGUACCCCAAUGCCAUCCUCGGCCAGGGCGCAAACCCCGAGUCUGGAGAGAAGAAGAAGAAAAAGAAGAAGAAGGCCAAGGCGAAUGACGAGUACCACGUGGAUGCCGUCCUGUCUCUCGCCGCCAACCGCCAGCACCGAAAUCUGCUGGCUUCCGCCUCCGCAGACAAGACCAUCAAACUCUGGGAUCUCAACACAACCAAGUGUGCCAAGUCAUAUUCGUACCACACCGACAAAGUGUGCUCUCUUGCCUGGCACACUGCCGAGCCUACCGUGCUGCUCAGUGGAAGUUACGAUCGAACCGUGGUGGCCGCCGAUAUGCGAGCCCCUGACGCAAAGGUCCCUCGAUGGGGCGUCGAGAGCGAUGUCGAGAACAUCCGAUGGGACCCGCACGACCAGAACUACUUUUACGUCUCAACAGAGAACGGUGUCAUUCACUAUCACGAUAUCCGCAAUGCCCCGUCAACUCCGGAAGCAACCAAGGCGGUCUGGACCCUGCAGGCACACGACGAAUCUGUAUCGUCGUUUGACAUCAACAGCGUCAUUCCCGGAUUCAUGGCCACCGGAUCGACUGACAAGACGGUUAAGCUGUGGAACAUUCAGGCUUCUGGUCCUUCACUCGUCGUCUCUCGUAACCUUGAUGUGGGCAAAGUGUUUGCUACCUCGUUUGCUCCCGAUCCCGAGGUCGCUUUCCGGCUAGCAGUGGCGGGCAGCUCCGGCAGCAUGCAUGUUUGGGACACCAGCACCAACCCCGGCGUCCGAAGUGCUUUUGGACAGCGCGUCCCUGCUUUGAAGGAGGGCGUUAGUGAGGAUCGACUAGUGGGCGUCAAUGAAGAUGAGAGCAGUUCGAGCGAGGAUGAGGGAGAAGGAGAGAAUAAUGAGGAGGGAGGCGACUCCAUGGAUGAGGAUUAA